GUGGAGAGAAUAGUAGGCAGACGUAAGAACAAAAAGGGCAAGACUGAAUACCUGGUCCGCUGGAGAGGCUACGGCUUUGAGGGAGACACCUGGGAGCCGGAGAAUCACCUGUCCAGCUGUGUCGAGUUCAUCCAUGAAUUUAAUCGGCAACGCAGCGAGAAGCAGAAAGACGGAACUUUACUCCGUUCCACACGCAGUUCUCCCAGCACAGCCGGAGGCAACACUAGUAUCAAUGCCCGCAAACAAAUCAGUAGGCCUCAGCAGUCCUCAGCGAGUCCUAACACAGCGAAGACCUCUCCACCCACCCCGAGCACACCCUCCACAAAACGGCUUCAGCCAGCACAACAUUCACCGCACAACAGCGACGCGCAGCAGCAGAAGAGUAAGCGUUCGGCUGGCGUGAGUAGCAUCGGCAGCAGCACUGCCGUUAUGAGCACAGUCACUGACACGGCCCCGACGGCAGCGGCGACAGCUGCUCCCACUGUGAGCGCGCUGCGGCGUAGUAUGGAUCUGGCUAAAUCUGGCAUCAAAAUCCUAGUGCCAAAGAGCCCAAUGAACAGCCGCACUGACACAGAGGAGUCUCCCAGUGAGGCGGCGCACAGUCUGGAGCAGGGAGGCCAAGAGCCAGAUGCUGUGCCCCCUGAAGUGGCCUUGCUGGAGAAACCCACCGGAGCUGUACGUGUACCGGGAGAGGAGCGGGCUCGUAUGGGUACGAGGCCCAGGACACAAACAACCCUUCCGCCACCGCAGAUUCCCAUUACCCCCGCUGCCGUCCGCACGUUAAACGGGAAAGGAGUGACUACCCUCAUGGAGGCCUCGUCUGCAAAUGGAACAGCCAUUACACAGAGUGGUGCAGCAGGCGUGAUGAGCAGCUCAGGACUGACAGGCAAAAGGCGUUUUGAGGACCGUGCAACUUUUGACAAGCGUCUGCGCUUCAGUGUUCGUCAAACUGAGAGUGCUUACCGCUACAGGGACAUUGUAGUUAAGAAACAAGAUGGUUUUACACACAUUCUGUUUUCUACAAAGACCUCUGAGAACAACUCGCUGAAUCCUGAU